AUGGUCACAUCGGGACGGGCGAGUGAUGAAUGUUUGUUGGUUUCUAACGCUUUUUCUUUUCAGAGGAUCCAAAUAGCCACCUCAUUGGUGGGCAUCGCGCCAAAAAACCCGAUCGAGCGCGAGCUGACGAAUGCGAGGGUGGACACACGCGACCGUGGUGUGCCACUCGAGGCGGAAAGCUAUUUCCAUGGAUUCUUACCGAUGGGCAUUGCGCGACGGGAACUCAUUGGCAACAACUCACAAGAGGGCUUGUUUAUCGUCUACAUCACCGACAUUUCUGGGGAAGAGAGCCUGGUCGUCUCGGUGUGCCACUAUGGGGUGAUCUUCAACUACAAGAUUCGAAUGUUCCGCGGCACUCUCUACUACAUUAAUGAUCAUUUGUUGGCCAAGACUGUUCCCGCGUUGAUCGAGGCUUUCAUGGCGGAGAAGUGGCCAUUGGAACCGUCGGGACCGCAGCUGCUUCGUGGAUUGCCGCGCCCGUCGUGGAUCUGGGGACAAGAGAGCGUGUUAGCCGGGAAAGUCAUCGGAAAGGGAGCUUUUGGCGAGGUUUCCGACGGCACUUACGGAAAACCGCCGAAGAAGUGCGCGAUCAAGCUAUUCCACUCGGGAAAUCUCACCGAUGCUAGCAGACAUUCGACAUACUCAAGCGGCGCCUCUGUGACACGGCCAUCAUCAAACUCGAAGUCCGAAGCCUCCAGCAACAAAUCGCCAACCAUCACCGACAAAAUGAUGUUCAUCAACGAGGCUGCCAUUCUGGCGACGAUCACUCACAAGGCCGUCAUCCAACUCUAUGGAGUCUUGAUUCAUCGUGAUCUGGCCGCCCGAAACAUUCUCAUCGACGAGUCGGCCCGAUGUAAGAUCAGCGACUUUGGCAUUUCCGUAUUUGGCAAAGAGGUUCAAGGGGACAAGCGGCUCAAGGUGGCGAUUCGCUGGCUUUCUCCGGAGGCGAUCGAAAAGGGGAUCUUUUCGAGCAAAUCGGACGUCUGGUCGUUUGGCGUGGUGACAUGGGAGAUCUUCACAAACGGUGCCGUCCCCUACCAGCAUGUUAAGUCGCUCAAAGAUGUGAAAAUCGCCGUGGUGAGGAAUAAACUCCGAUUGAAGGCGACACAAGAAAUGCCGGCAGCCACGGCCGAAAUGAUGGCAUUGUGUUUUGAGGAGAAGGCCGAGCGACGGCCAUCCUUUGACACAUUGAAGAAUAGGUACAAGCCUUCGUCGAUGGGCCGGUUGACGAAUUGUAUGCCAAUUUUGCGAAUGAACAAAUCCAAGGGAGGAGCCGAGAUGAAAGAAAGUGACGCACUACCGAGAGCGCGCGAUGACGCUAUCGCGAUCGGCGAAUCCAAAUCGUUCUUCGAAAGCGAUCAGAAAGGAAAAAAGAAAAUC